CGGUGAAUAAUCUUUAUCGACAAAAGAAAGUAUGAAUCGAUUUCGUAAAGUAAAAGACAACAGUAAGAAAUACUGUCUAGUGAGGUUUAUUGAGGACAAAAUUCUGUACAUAGUACCUACAAGGCAGUUGACUCCAAUUGAAGGAGAUUUGGUGUGGGCUCCAUAUAAAAAAAUGGGCUUUUAUGAAGCUCAUAUAGUUUUUCUCAAUAAUAAUAGAAAUAUAUUGGAAAAAAAGAAACGAGAUAUCCAAAUGAGUGAAGAUAUUGAAAGUCUGAAUGAUAUGAAUACUGCAAUUUCUACAUCUAAUCUCUGUGGUAAUGAAGAUAAUUCUAGAUGUUAUCCUACAUAUGAGGCAGAUGAUACAAAAAUAAAUCAAAGUAAGUAUGGUACUUUCUCAAUAGACGUGAAUUUGUUCUUAAAAAAGUAAGUCUAUGUUCAACUUAUAGUUGUUGCCGUCAGUUUUAAUUAAUCUAAUAAGGAAGUAGGUCUACAUAAUAAGUGAUAAUGUGAUCUACCUAUCUUGUUUAUAGAUAUUGCAGUUUCUGAAUGUGAUCUUAGUGUGGACAGAGAUAAUUCAUUACAUGAUCCAACUUACAUACCAGAAGAUACUGAGACUGUUAAUGUCACAAAAACAAAUAAGCGUAAGUCAUUUUCACAUUAGUUUCUAGCUUGUGAAAGAAAUCAUGAAUUUAUACCUCAGUUAUCAGGUGGCCACUAAUUUUUCAUUUUUUUUUAAAUAAUUAUAUAUACAAUGAGUUUCAAAAAGUUCACACCAAUUUUUCAGAAAAUAUGAGAUGUCAAAUCAACACAAAGUGAGAAUCGACUUCAAUGGGCUUCAAUGAAUGUAAAUCGACGAUAUCUGACAAAGUUAGAUGCAAACUCAUUCAAAUAUAUGAGAAAUGUUGAAAUUCGACUUCAAAUGAGGAAGAUAGACUUUGAAA